AUGGUGCCAGAAGUCACGAGUCAAUCCUACUCCAUUAGUACCAAUAGAAGGCAUAAGGGAAGAAGCACUACACCGAGAAAUCAAUAACAUUAAAAUUUUGUUAUAAUAUCCAUUUCCUUAUUAGGCUCAGGAGGUUGGGACAACAAACAUCCAUCUCGUUCGUAUUUUGGAUACCCCGUAUAA